UACAAAACCACCAUCCUCUCGAGCCACUUUCUCUCUCUCUUUCUCGCGGUUUCGUGUUUGUCGCGGCUCGUUGAAAUUUCCAAUAACGAGAGCUGCUGUAAGCGUUCCGCUCUGAUCAUCUUCGAUCUUCGACGUCGUAUAACAGAGAGAGAGAGACGUUGAAGAAAGAACACAAGUCACGCAGCGUGAAAGAAAACUGUAAUACAAGCAACAGAAAGUUGGUAUUGACAGAAAAAUAACUCGGAGAAUGGCGUACAGCUGGGACAAUCGAGUUGAUUUCAUUGUCAGGUUCCUUUAUGAUACGGAUAACAAUGGCAGAUUGGAGAAGCACGAUUUCGAGUGCAUGGCGCUGAAAAUGACUCUGAUCGAGGGUAAAGGAGAAUUUAGUUACAGUCGAUAUCAAGAAAAUCUACACAUCAUGCUCUCUUUAUGGGAAGAAAUUGCGGAGCUUGCGGAUUUUAAUAAGGAUGGUAUCGUAACUAUAGCAGAAUUUAAAGAUGCGGUUCAGAAAAGUUGCGUCGGAAGAGAGUAUCAAGAUUUUCCACAAGCGAUGAAGAUGUUUAUCGAUAGUCAUUUUAAAAUCGUAGAUUUAAAUGACGACGGUGUAAUCGCUGCCGAUGAAUUUCGCUACAAUUGUGUAACAAGGAUUCCCGUAGAUAACGUGAACAUUUUAGACGAAGCCUACCAGAAUCUUCUUAAUGAUGACGAUAGGAGACGCGGAGGAUUGACUUUGUCUCGUUAUCAAGAAUUAUAUGCUGAAUUCCUCGGUAAUCCCGACGAAAAUUGUAAAGCAGUUCACCUCUUCGGUCCCCUGCACGCUAUGGGUUAACACUGUGGUCUCGGGAUAACGCCCACCUCCUGUGUACACGUACAAAAGACAAUUUAUGUAAGGAUAUAACACAAUAAAUGCCAUAUUUUAUUGUAA